AUGUCUGACAUAAGAAUUUUAGAUCUAAUUAGAGUAAAUUCUUAUUCUGAAUUUUAAGUGGAGUAUGAUGCUUUGCUUCCCCCAAAUAUAAUUCAUUUUGACGAUUAAAAUCAAAGUCCAAUAUAUGUGGAUAGCAUUAACAUCGAAGAUGUAGGGAAAGACCUUUCUACUAAUAUAGUAAGCAAUCCCUCUCCCCCAAUUUGCAAGUAAAUAUAAAAACCUCAAUGUUUUAAUUCAACAAAUUAACGACUAGAAAAAUAUUAGUCAAAAUAAAGAAAGCAAUUUAAUGCGCAUCCUGGAGAAAGCAAAAACAUCCCAAAAAAUUUCACCAGAGCUUUAAAAAAUUUUAUAAUCAAUCACUUUGAUUCUAGUGUAUAAAAAAAUCCUGAAAUUAAGAAGUUCCUAGCUACUAGAUCAGCAAAGGCUUGUAAAUAAACCUUAGAGAAUGCUUUACACAGUUGUAAAUUACUCAACCAAAUUUCUUUGGUGUUCUUUGGAAACCUAAAAUGGGGAACAAUAUUUUUAGAAUAAAACAAAGUUGAUCUAGAAACAUAUAUCAGAUUCAACGAGGUCUGGUUUGAGUCAAUUAAUUGA